GUGAUCGCUAGCGGCUAGUUAGUGCUGUUUGUUUUUAAUUCGUUUAAUUCGUACGACAUGAUUGAUUAUAUAGAACAAUCAGACGCAAGUGUCGCAGCAUGCACAAGAAUGUGCCGUCGAGUAAAUUCCUGAGCAUGCGGUUCGAACAAGCGGAUGAAAACAGGUUGAGCCCGACACUGGAUAGAACAUUAAUCGCGGAGGAAGGGAGCAUUCGGCAGACGGAUCAAAUGAAGGAGUGAACUCCGAAAUACUUGAUUGAAAGCUGAACCGGAAAAGAUUACUCACUCUAUCGCUCUGUGAAAGUUAUUCGCGCCGUUGAAGCAAGUUGGAACAGAUUCGAGGGUGUCGUGAAAUGAAUUCUAAUUCUCACUAAUAACCUGUGGUGGGUGAGUGCAUGAGCUGUCCCGCCCGGUGUACUGUUGACAAUAGUUAGCGAAACGGGUGUGAAUUUUUUGUAGGUCGCUUUGUAUUGUGUGUUGUUCCAGCCCCCGUUGGCAAGUCUCAUACCGCAAGCUAAGCUAAGCUGGUUUUUAGGCAGGGUAUAAAAAGUGGUGAUUCGGGUGCUCCAACAAUGAGUUUGGAUGAUACAGUAGAAGUGGUCAUCCCACUGGUAAAGUCCAUCACCAGUUUGUCAUUUCGGAAGCUCAGCUACAGCGUGAACCAGAAAGGAAACAGGAAACAGCUUCUGAAGAACAUUUCCGGUAGCUUCCGAUCGGGCUGUUUGACGGCAGUAAUCGGUCCAUCCGGUGGUGGAAAAUCGUCACUAAUGAAUGCACUAAGUGGUUUCCGAACACAAGGCGUCCAAGGACAAAUUCUAGUCAAUAACGAACCAGUGGAUUCUCAGAAAUAUCGUCAGCUGGUAGCUUAUACAGCACAAGACGUGGCCCUUCUGCCAAACAUUACCGUUCAGGAAACACUCCAUUAUGUAGCGGACCUUAAGCUACCUUCCAGUGUCACCGGCAUUCACAAAACUAAGAUCGUGAACGACAUCGUGGCUUUGCUCGGGUUACAGAAAUGCACUCACAGUCAGGUGGAAGUGAUUUCUGGUGGCGAGCGGAAGCGCCUAUCGAUAGGACUGGAGUUGAUUUCCAAUCCCCGGAUCAUGUUCUUCGACGAACCGACAAGCGGACUGGAUAGUGUGGCUUCCUAUCAGGUGGUUUCCCACCUGAAAGAACUGGCCAAACAAGGCCGAUGUGUUGUCAGUGCCAUUCAUCAACCAAGCUCGGAACUGUUGGAGUUGUUCGACGACAUUUACGUUCUGGCAGACGGGCGCUGCAUGUAUCAGGGCACGCUGAUGGAAAUGAUUCCGACCCUAGCAGAGGCUGGAUUCCUGUGUCCUCGGUAUUAUAAUCCAGCCGAUUUUGCACUUAAAAUUGCUUCGACAGUUGAAUCAGAUCCGGACAAAACCAGCCAACUGAUGAAACGCAUGGAGUCAGCAACCAGCGAACAUCUGAACGGAACUCACGAAGAACAGCACGAUGGUUCGAACCUACUGAACGAAGGCAAGGGUUCGAGUCGACAAUAUCCAAUCUCGCAGUUCCGACAGUUUCUGAUACUAACUCGCCGGACCACGCUGGGCACGCUAAGAAAUCUCAAACUGACUCGCUUUCGACUGAUAGGACACAUUCUGUUCGGGACGGUUAUCGGAUCGGUUUUCUACAACGUGGGCGACGACGGAACCAAGGUGCUAUCGAACGUUGGCUGUCUAAUGUUGCUGCUUAUGUUUAUAGUUUUCUCCAAUGCAAUGACCGUGGUGCUAACCUUUCCAUUGGAAAUGUCGGUCUUCAUUCGGGAGCACAAAAGCAACUGCUACUCAACCGUGGCCUACUUCGGUUCAAAAAUCGUGUCUGAUUUUCCAUUGAUGCUGUUCGCUGUCACCUGUUUCCAGCUCAUAGCCUACUACCUGACAGGGCAGCUGCUGAACGAAACCAACCGAGUGGUCAUGUUCUGGGGCUUUUGUGCCCUGAUGGGAUGGACCGCUGAGCUGUACGGGAUGGUUGUGGGCAGUAUUUUCGCAGUGGACAUUAGUCCCUUCGUGGUGCCCAGUACAGUCGUCCCGAUGAUUUUGUUCAGUGGAUUUUUCAUCCGGUACAGUGAGCUGCUGGGCGUGUUCAAACCGUUCACGUACGUCUCUCCGUUUCGAUAUGGAUUCGAGGGCCUCGCACUGGUCACCUACGGUUUCAAUCGAACCGAAAUCGGCUGCGAAGAAAUGUUCUGCUACUAUCGGAAGAGUUCAAAGGUGCUACAGUUGUUGGAGAUCGAACGGGCCAAUUACUGGAUGGAUAUCGCCGGACUUGGUGGUUGGAUUUUUCUGUUGCAUCUUUCGUUGUAUGUUAGUCUACGAUGCAAACUACGGCAGAACAAAUGAGAGUUUUUUUUAUUAGUUUAGUGGAAACUAUAUAGUC